CUUUCUUUUUUCCCCCGGUUUUCGAUUUUAGCUCUGUAGUUUCAUGAAUUUUCUGGUUCUUUUACUUUUGGUUUAAUAAUAAGAAAUCAUUGUUUCAUUGGGUAUUUUUUUUUUCUGGGUUCUUCUGAAUUUCUGCGAAAAUGAAGCAAGUGCCAUAUCCCACUUGGAAGAUGUUAUGCAUGAUAUGAAAUUGUUGUUCUUUUUGGUAUCUUUAAACGCUUGUAGAUUAUGUAAAUAUUGAGAAUUGGGGUUGGUGGGUUGAUUGGAAAUCAUUAUACAAACUACUGCAAGGAGCUAAGAGAUCCACAAUACAAGACAUGGUUGCGGAGAUUUAUCUAAUGUUUCGUUAUUUUGCCGUACUCUCUUCCAAGUUUUGUUUUUGUUAUUUUCUUACUUUUUGGUUUCUUUUCAAGUGUCUUCUAGUAUAGAAUCUUAUUGAGAUCACUAGGGAGAAUUAUAGUGUCUAAAAUAGAGAAGGGAAACUUGAAUCAAGUGACGAAUUGGGAGUCUAUCUUUUCUUUCUUUUUUCCCCAUUUUUUCCUUAUCAAUUCUUCAUUUCUGAAUAAAAUGGAGCACCUUUUGAUGGUUGCCAGCGUGUUGGGUGACAGUUCGGAUCUUGACGUUGACGACAUCAGGUGUGAAAAUCUAGCGGAGAAAGAUGUUAGUGAUGAAGAUAUUGAAGCGGAGGAUUUGGAGAGGCGAAUGUGGAAGGACAGGAUCAAGCUCAAGAGGAUCAAGGAGAGACAGAAACUUGCGGCCCAACAGGAGAAGACCAAGCCAAAACAGACAUCUGACCAGGCUCGGAGGAAAAAAAUGUCUAGAGCCCAAGAUGGGAUCCUCAAGUACAUGUUGAAGCUGAUGGAAGUUUGCAAAGCCCGUGGCUUUGUGUACGGAAUCAUACCCGAGAAGGGGAAACCCGUAAGCGGUGCCUCUGAUAACAUACGAGCUUGGUGGAAAGAGAAGGUAAAGUUUGAUAAGAACGGACCGGCAGCAAUAGCCAAGUUUGAAGCAGAGUGUUUAGCCAUGGGUGAGGCAGAAAAUAAGCGAAAUGGGUUCUCCCAGAGCAGCCUUCAGGAUCUUCAAGAUGCUACUCUGGGCUCUCUUCUGUCAUCCUUGAUGCAACACUGUGAUCCUCCGCAGCGAAAGUACCCAUUAGAGAAAGGUGCCCCACCCCCUUGGUGGCCAACGGGUAAUGAGGACUGGUGGAUGAAAUUGGGAUUGCCCAAGGGUCAGGUUCCACCUUACAAGAAGCCCCAUGAUCUAAAGAAGAUGUGGAAGGUUGGAGUGCUAACUGCUGUGAUUAAGCACAUGUCCCCCAAUAUAGCAAAGAUCAGACGGCAUGUUCGGCAGUCCAAAUGUUUACAGGAUAAGAUGACUGCCAAAGAAAGCUCAAUUUGGUUGGGGGUGUUGAGCCGAGAGGAAGCACUUAUCAAGCAGCCAAGCAGUGAUAAUGGUGCAUCUGGCAUAACUGAAAUGCCUCCAAGCAAUUGUGGCGGAAGGAAGGAGGCUGCAGCAAGUAGUGACAGUGACUAUGAUGUUGAUGGUGUCGAUGAUGGUGUUGGCUCUGCUUCAUCUAAUUCUAAAGUUGACCAGAGAAGCCAACCAAUGGAUACAGAACCUUGUGAGGAGCCAUGCAACAACUCAAUCCAUCCUUCUAAUGAUAAAGAACAAAUCAAAGAACAACGCAGGAGAAAAAGACCUCGUGGGAGCUCAAAAUCUGUUAAUCAACAGAAAGAACCUCCUCAGAAUGAGGAUCUACAUGGGGAUCCAAGGAAUGUUCUUCCGGAUAUGAAACAGAGAGACUUACAGUUGGUUGGAUAUCAAAUGCAAAUAGCACAGCCUGAAAAUGAUCCCAUCUCAUCUUUGAGGCCUUUGGAAAAUGAUCUGGAGAUACAGCCCCAGUUACCGGAAUCUGGGCUUAUCAAUCCAUCUGCCAUUCCUUCUGCUAUUGAAACCAUGUCGCAGAGCAUGUUUGUCGAUAGAAGACCCUUAUUAUAUUCAGCCGUGCAAAAUUCUGGGUUGCCUCCAAGACCUAACUACAUUUUCUAUGAUCCAUCAGCAGGAUAUGGGCUACCUCAGGAUAAAGAGCAGCAUGAAAUGGGAAUAGCAGAUCCACAGAUGAGAACUGAGGAAACAGGAGUUCAUGUACCACUUCUACAUGGAAAUGCAAAUGAGAUAACUGGAGGAGAUAUAGGCCAUUAUGUAAGUGAUAGUUUCCACAGUGAGGAAGAUAAACCUGUUGAAAGCCAUUUUGGGUCUCCACUUGAUGGCCUCUCAUUAGAUUAUGGAGGAUUCAGCAGUCCAUUAUUUGGACUUGAUGGCACUUGUUCAUUAGAUGCUGACUUAGAUUUCUCACUUGAUGAGGACCUUAUCCAAUACUUUGGAGCAUAGGCUGUGGAACCCAUUAUUAUGGAGCACAGAGUAAGUACUGCUGUAAUGGAUCACAGGCCACAUCUUCUACUGCAGGGAGGAAAAUGGACUUUUUCUAAUCCAUUGGACUAGUUGCUAAUUUUGAUUUUACCUGAUCAGAAAAUUGUAAGUAAUUCCAAGAAAAAAAAAUGUAUAAUAUCAUCCCUUAUAAUUACAAGAAAAAAUGAAGCAUGGUUCUUUAUGUUUCAGUUCUUCUAGGUUGGGGGUUCAUGUAAAUCUGUGCUUACUGACUGGCUCAAAAGUAGAAGCCAUGAUUUUUCUACCAUUUUCCUCAGAGAAGAUGUGUUCAAACUAAGAUUUUUUUAUUGGAAACGGUAAGUUCAUUAAAGAGAAUGCAAAUUACAACUGUCAACCCCUAGAAUAGAGUGUCAAACUAAUAUAUAAAUGUUGAAUGAUGAGUUUUGCAUGCUUA